UUCCGAGUGCAGAGGGUGUAUCUGGUAUCUUCCUGUAUGAUGCUCUGUUGUUGUGUCAGUGUGGGGCGUUGCUGUGGUGGUAAUGGAACAUAAAAACCACCAUGAGGAUGUGAUCACUUCCUCACUGCUUUCUGCUGCUGCUGUUUGUCUCUGUCUCUGUAACAAUGGUAUGUUUCUCUGAAUCAACAGCCUGAGUGUUCUUCUUCUGCAUGUUUUACUAACCCUAUGAAUUAAUGUUUCUUCUUCUGCAUGAUUUACUAACCGUAUGAAUGAAUGUUUCUUCUUCUGCAUUUUUUCUUAUUGCAAAUAAAAUGUUUGAAUGAGAGGAAAUGAAAACAGAAGCAUGUCACCGUCCUGAGGGUUUUUGCUUGUUCUUAAUGCAAGGUUUGUUUUUACCAGCAUGAGAUCAUUUCAGGCUGCAUUCCUGACCACAGACUGGUGUUCAUAAAACUGGACCAGCAGGUUUUUUGCUCACAAAGUUCCCUCACAGUGAGGUCUACAGAGGGAAUCUUAAAGAGGGAUGUUACUGAAGAAGGGUAGUGUAGAGAUGUAUAGUUUUACCAUCUUCCCCUCCAGCAGCAGGGAUUUCCCCAGGAGAGGGAGCAGACUCGGUGGAUUCAGAGUCUGAGGGUGGAGUAGCAUGUUGACUGGAGGAGGGGCCUGAGGAGCGAAGGGGAAGCAGCCAAAGGGAGGGGCACGGCAGGCCGGUGGAUGUGUUGUGUCUUGUGAAAGAAGAGCAGACGGGGAGUGACUGCCGGCUGCACACACUCUCAACUUUCUCACUUUCCUCUCUGUGUGUUGUUGUUCUUUUCUUUGCUUUCUUCGUGGUGGAGUGUGUGCCGACCUCCUCUGCUGACACCAUGGAUAACUUCCAGACCGUCCUGAGGUUCUUCAUGAACCAGAAAGCCACCAUCGGAUACAGCUUCAUGGCUCUGCUGACAAUAGGCGGGGAGCGAGUCUUCUCCAUGGUCUCUUUUCAGUGUCCCUGUAACCGUGCACAGAACUUUGCAUACGGGCUGGUCUUCCUGCUGGGUCCAGCUAUGGUUCUGUUGGUUCUGGGUCUGUUCUUCAGCAGCAGACUGUGGAGGCUCUACACCGGCUGUUGUCUGAACCCCAUGAAGCUCUGUCCCCGGGGGAACUGCUUCGGCUGCCUCAGAGCCUUCAUGAGCAUCUUCACGGGGGCGUGUGUGGCGCCCAUCAUGUGGCUGUGCGUGGCCCUGCUGAACGGGACCUUCUAUGAGUGUGCAGUCAGCGGGCUGGAUCAUAACUUGGUGGUGGAUCACUUCUGCAAAAACAAAACCUUAAAGUGUCGGCAGGAGCUGGCCCAAGUGCCCUGCGAACGCUCCCAACUGUCCAACAACGAGCGCAUGGAGCUGCUGCUGAUGUUCAGGAGCCAGUCCCAGAUCCUGGGCUGGAGUGUCAUCAUCAUUGCGUCGCUCGUCGGCCUCAUAGGAACCUGCUACACAAACUGUCGCUCCAAAGUCAGCUACCUGCAGCUCACCUUCUGGAAACGCUAUGUGGAGAAAGAGAAGGAGCGCUUCGACACCUUCGCUGUGGACUAUGCUACAAAGCUGUCUGAGAGGAACCUGCAGAGCUUCUUUGAGAACAAGGACCCUGAUCCCUUCCCCUUCCCCAGCCACAAGGCAUGGGAGGAGAUCUCUGCACACUACACCUUCUCCCGUAGCGACCAGUGCUACAGCACGCUGCAGCGCUACGUGGAGCGGACGGACCGGGACUACACCCCAGAGAAGAGACCUGUGCUGGACUUUGAGCACGGGAUAGAGAUGCACUGAAGAGGAGGAGGAGGAGGAGGUGCAUGAGGCCAGUUAAUCAGAGACAUUCACUCAGCUGUGUGAGACUACACACUCAGCAUUGUUUACUGCUACUAUAGCUCUGUUGUAUGUUCGGGUUUGACUCAGGGAAAGUUCUCCUCAGUGACAAAGCUAGCCUUUCACUCUCCUCCAAACAGCACUGCCAAAUAACAAAACCUCCUGUGAGCACAUGGAGCCAUGAAGGGCAGAACCACUACUUUAUAUCCUCUGUAUUCAUACAUGAUGCAUGCACAUGAGGCUGUUUAUUACUGUACUAAUGAUGCUUUAAAUGCUGUCUGCCUUCGACUCACAAAAAAUAGAAAAUAACUUGUUGAUCAGGGUGCAGCUCUGUCUGAACAAACAAAGUCUGUUUGUCUUUGAUUAUUCUCCAGGCUUCAGGGACUGUCUUGACUUUGGUGCUUCUUGACGAUUUAAACCCACAGAGCCAGAAUGGGAAACCUUAAGUGUGCAGGAUUUAGAAGCAUUAGGAGAUGAGGCUCCUGUUCACAACUAACAGCAAAUAAACAGGAAGGACUGAAGGGUGUCCAUGAAGACUGCUGUGGAAACAUGGUGGCCCUCAUGGACAGCUCCGCUUUCUCAGUCACCAGACAGAGUUCAUUCUGAAGAAACAAAAUAAACAAGUCAUGUUUUCAAGUGUAACAUUUCAAUAAACUUCUGACAAACUGCCAAA